AUUACAACAGGUUUGAAGCAAAGAUUCAAGAUCUGAGAGAGCAGAUGAUGAACACAAGCACUGGAAGUCUACGCACCACACAGAAAAAGACACUGUUUGUCAGAGCCCUGUUUGAUUACGAUCCAAGCAAGGAUUCAGGAUUACCCAGUAGAGGAUUGGCUUUCCACUAUGGUGACAUACUCCAUGUGACGAAUGCCAGUGAUGAUGAAUGGUGGCAGGCAAAGAGAGUGACCUCUGUGGGUGACGAGGAAGGCAUGGGAAUUAUCCCUAGCAAACAAAGGGUGGAAAGAAAGGAAAGAGCAAGAUUAAAAAAUGUCAAAUUUACUGGCAAGAACAGUACAAAUACAGACAAGCCAGUUCCGGCCUCAGCAGCAGCAAAUGACAGAAAGAAAAAGAAUUUCUCUUUUUCACGACGUUUUCCAUUUAUGAAGAGCAAGGAUCAUAGUGGAAGUGAAGAUGUCAGUGCCGAUGAACAAGGCAAUCCACACAGUGAUAGUGAAGCGAGCUAUAGAGGAGAUGAACCUAUUUUGUCAUAUGAGACAGUUGUACAGCAAGAAUUGAAAUACACAAGACCUGUCAUCAUUUUAGGGCCUCAGAAAGAUAGGGUCAACGACGAUCUCAUUUCAGAAUUUCCAGACAAGUUUGGAAAUUGUGUGCCCCAUACAACCCGGGAAAGGAGGCCACACGAGGAAGAUGGCAGAGAUUAUCAUUUUGUUGCUUCCCGGGAACAGAUGGAGCGAGAUAUCCAGAACCAUUUAUUUAUUGAAGCUGGCAUUUACAAUGACAACCUUUAUGGCACCAGUGUUGCCUCAGUGAAGCAGGUGGCGGAGCAGGGCAAACAUUGUAUACUAGAUGUCAGUGGAAAUGCUAUUAAAAGAUUGCAAGUUGCUGGCCUCUACCCAAUUGCCAUAUUUAUUAAACCAAAGUCCAUCGACUCCAUAAUGGAGAUGAACAAAAGGAUAACAGAAGAGCAAGCCAGAAAAACGUACGAGAGAGCACUCAAGCUAGAAGCAGAAUUUGGAGAAUAUUUCACAG